AUGGCGGCGGAAGGAGUUAGGAGGUUUAUGUACUGGCGGUCCAAGGAGGUGGAAAUGAUGCUAUCCAUCCUCAAGGAUAAUCCUGGAGUGGUUCCUCAGCUCAUGCAGUCCACUCCGCGGAAAAAUAUUCAUAUUUUCCGUAGAGUGGCUGCUGGGCUCAGGACACGUGGUGGAUAUGUUCGCGACGUGCACAUGGCCCGUCGGAAAUUUAAGUAUUUAAAAGGGGCAUUUUAUGCCCUUAUCGAUAGAUUUGGGCCUCAUCCUCCUCAAACGGAGAAGCAAAAGUUCCCUCAGUUCACUCUUAUGAGUGAAUUGUGGGAUAUCGCGGGAAGACCUCACCCAAGGGAGAGAUUUCCUGCAGGGAGAAAUGCAUCUCCACCUCCACCCAGGAUAGCUCAAGAAAGAAACGCUGAGUCAGAUUUGGAGGCAGAAAGAGAUCCUACUCCACCACCUCCACAGGUGGAACAACAUGGGAAUCUUGACCAGCUUGAAGAGCAUCAGCCAUCCCCUGUACCGUCAUCCUUACCUGACCUUGAGAAUGAUAAUGAUUUGGAUAGAAGAAUUUCAGUCCUGGAGAACAGGAUGGGUGUUCCUGGUGUGAGCCAAAUGUCAUUGGAACACAGAGUACAGGUCUUGGAGCGGAGGUUGCAGGAUAUGGAAGAUAAAAUGGGGAGGAUGCCAGCACCUGAUUCUUUGCAAAAAUUAAUGGAAGAAAUGGAGCAGAUGAAGACCUGGUUUGCUGCUCACACUCUUGCCAAUCUGGCAUCUUAGUUUUUUUCUACUUAAAUCUGUUUUAUGGAAAUGUU